CAUUGGGAGCUAUGGAGCAGUGAGGGCUGUGCUGGCCCCAUUGGGAGCUAUGGGAGCAGUGAGGCUGUGCUGGCCCCAUUGGGAGCUAUGGGAGCAGUGAGGGCUGUGCUGGCCCCAUUGGGAGCUAUGGAGCAGAGAGGGCUGUUGCUGGCCCCAUGGGAGCUAUGGGAGCAGUGAGGGCUGUGCUGGCCCCAUUGGGAACUAUGGGACAAGUGAGGGCUGUGCUGACCCCAUUGGGAGCUAUGGGAGCAGUGAGGGCUGUGCUGACCCCAUUGGGGGCUGUGGAAGCGGUGAGGAGGGUUCGAGGAAUGGAGGGAGCUCAGGUGUUGUCCCCUUGGAAGAAUAAAGUUGGAGAGUGUUUGUAAAUCAAGUGGUGAGCUGUGCUCCUUGUGCUGCCCACCUGUAGAACAGCACGCAUCUCCCCUUCCCCUUUGCAUGUGUUGGUACCCACCUGGUGCAGGAGGAUGAAGGCUGUUUGGUGCUCACAGUCAGUGCAGAUCUAUGUGCCUCCUGCAGGGCUGUCAGCUGCACACCCAGUAUGCACGAUAUCAGCUCUGCCAUAGACUGAAGGCUAAAAUCCCAUGGUGAGAAGCAGCAAACCUCUGGCUCGCAGGUAGCUUUAUUUCUGGUGGUGCUGCUGGUUAAAGUUUGACGGCACCAUAGGAGUGAAGGAGGCAGAAGUGUGUGGACACAGCGGGUCCCUGGGCAGGGAAGUGGUGGUCAAAGUAAAGGGGAAAGCUCAAAAUGAGGUGGAAAGGCUGCAGGGACAUCAGAUUGAGCACAGUAGAGAUGGCAGUGUGGCUAAGUAUGGCUGUGGAAAUGAAGAUAUCAAAGAUCAGGAAAGAAAGUGGAAGAAAGUUUGGGAUAUGGGAAGAGAAGGAGCAGCUGAAAAGGAUAGAGGAGGAAACCAGAGCACUGUGGAACAAAGUUACCUGAAGGAGUUCCGCACGGAGCAGUGCCCUCUCUUUGUGCAGCACAAGUGCACCCAGCACCGACCCUACACUUGCUUCCAUUGGCACUUUGUCAACCAGCGUCGUCGCAGAUCUAUCCGCCGUCGGGAUGGGACGUUUAACUACAGCCCUGACAUUUACUGUACCAAGUAUGACGAGACCACAGGAAUCUGCCCAGAAGGAGACGAGUGUCCCUUCUUGCAUAGAACUACUGGAGACACGGAGAGGAGGUAUCACUUACGCUAUUACAAAACUGGAAUCUGCAUCCAUGAGACAGACUCCAAGGGAAACUGCACCAAGAACGGAGUCCACUGCGCUUUUGCUCAUGGGCCCCAUGAUCUACGCUCUCCAGUCUAUGACAUCAGGGAGCUUCAGGCCAUGGAGGCUUUGCAGAAUGGUCAGCCUACAUCAGAAGGUGGCAUAGAGGGUCAAUCUGCAGUUGCUGCUAGCCAUGCUAUGAUAGAGAAAAUACUCAGUGAGGAGCCAAGGUGGCAAGAUACAACGUAUGUAUUGGGAAAUUAUAAGACAGAGCAAUGUAAGAAGCCUCCUCGCCUCUGUCGCCAGGGUUAUGCCUGUCCGUACUAUCACAAUAGCAAAGACAGAAGAAGGAGCCCAAGAAAACACAAAUACAGAUCUUCACCUUGUCCCAGUGUGAAACAUGGAGAUGAGUGGGGAGAUCCUAGUAAGUGUGAAAAUGGAGACUCGUGCCAAUACUGCCACACUCGCACAGAACAGCAGUUCCAUCCAGAGAUCUACAAAUCCACCAAGUGCAAUGAUAUGCAGCAGUCUGGCAGCUGUCCCCGAGGACCCUUCUGUGCCUUUGCACAUGUAGAACAGCCUCCACUCAAUGAAGAGCUGCAGCAAUCUUCAGCUGUGUCCAGCCCCACGCAGGCAGGCCCAGUGAUGUACAUGCCAUCAGCAGCCGGUGAUUCUGUUCCAGUCAGCCCUUCCAGUCCACAUGCUCCAGACCUUAGCAAUGUGUGGAAUAAAUCAGGAACUCUGCCAACUAGCCCCACCUCCACCACAAUUCUUUGUAGGAACAGCAGUCUCGGAAGCCCAUCUAAUAUAUGUGGGUCUCCUCCUGGUGCGAUUGGAAAGCCCCACAGCCUGGAGAGCAUUGGUUUUCCUCCAGAUUCAGUAACGGCAGCCGGCAGCUACAAGAAAGCACCGGGGUUUGAGCGAGAAGAUCAGGUGGGGGCCGAGUAUUUGAAGAGUUUCAAAUGCCAGCAAGCAAAAAUGAAGUCCCAUUCACUGGAACACAGGACCCAGGAGCAACCUUUGUUACAGCCCAAACAGGACAUACUGGGUAUUCUCCCAGUGGGGAGCCCGCUGACAUCCAGCAUUUCCUCCAGUAUCACCUCCAGUCUGGCUGCAACACCACCAAGCCCCGCUGGCACCAGCAGCAUACCAGGCAUGAAUGCCAAUGCCCUUCCCUUCUACCCAACCAGUGACACCGUUGAGUCUGUCAUAGAGUCUGCCUUGGAUGACCUGGACCUGAAUGAAUUCGGAGUGGCUGCCCUGGAGAAGACAUUUGACAGCAGCACAGUGCCCCACACGAGUGGCAUCAUGAUAGGUGGGAGUUUGCUGCAAAGUUCUGCACCUGUAAAUAUCCCCGGGUCCCUUGGAAGCUCUGCCUCCUUUCACUCUGCCUCUCCUUCUCCACCGGUCAGCCUCUCAUCGCAUUUCCUCCAUCAGCCCCAGGGGCACUUAAGCCAAUCAGAAAACACGUUUCUGGGGACAUCAGCUUCUCAUGGAUCAUUAGGUUUAAAUGGGAUGAACAGCAGCAUAUGGGAACACUUUGCUUCGGGGAGUUUUUCGCCCAGUACCUCACCUGCAUUUCUGUCAGGUCCAGGUGCUGCGGAGCUGGCACGGCUACGGCAAGAACUGGAUGAAGCCAACGGCACAAUAAAGCAGUGGGAAGAGUCGUGGAAACAAGCCAAACAGGCUUGUGAUGCUUGGAAAAAGGAGGCAGAGGAAGCAAAUGAUCGCGCCAACACAGCUAACAUGGAAUGUGAACUGGCUCGGGAGCAGAGGGAAGCCUUGGAGCUACAAGUGAAGAAACUACAGGAGGAGCUGGAGAGGAUCCACGCAGGCCAGGACCCUCAGUUUCUGCGCUCCUUCUCUGACCUGGAAACCCUCUCACUCUCUUCACUUUACACCCUCCAGAAGCAGCUGCGGGCAAACCUGGAGAAAGUCGAUAAGGCAGUAUUUCAGAUGCAGUCAGUGAAAUGCCUUAAGUGUCAGGAAGAGAACCGGGUGGUGUUACCGUGCCAACACGCAGUGCUGUGUGAGACGUGCGCCGAGGAGGGCGAGUGCCCCAUCUGCCAUCCCAACAGGCCCCAUGCCCUCCAGUCGUGACCUUCUGAGGACACUCGUUCUAAUCAUAUCAUAGAGAACUUUUUAACUUUAUACGUACGUACAUAUAUAUGUAUGUGUACAUAUAUAUAUGUAUGUGUAGAUAUAUAUAUGUAUAUAUGUGUGCGUAUGUGCGUGUUUGUGUAUGUGUGUAUAUAUGCACACGCACGCACAUACCCACAUAAAACAGAAAUUAGUUGCAGAGCACUUUUUAAUAUUUUACAUCCCGUAUCUAAACUGCCCCUCACCCCUUGCCCCACUAAUUCUAUAACUCUUGAGGAACUUUGAGAGCUGUUUUUAAUACAGAUCAAAGGGCCAUUUGCAAAGAGUCUGCGUUUCUCCUCUUUUUCUAUUUAGGUGAUAACCAAUUUUUGACUAUUUCCAGAAGGAUUUAGGGUGGGCAAGAGGAGGGGGCUUCCACGUGCUUUCCAGAGGAAGAGUUGAGAUCAUGGGGAGGAUCGAGGUGGAUUGAAAUGACUUGUUUUCACGUCUUCGGUCUCCCUGCUCUUUCACUGACCCAGCCUGGUUAAAGCCGUCCUCCCCGAUGGAAGCUCUGCUGGGUCCCUGCCUGGUGAGCCUCACGUUGCUGAUCUCUGAAUGUGCAGAAACUUUGUCUGUCGUUUAAAAACAGCAAAGUUCACUUUUUAAAGUUUUUUUUACGCUCUUUGUAUAUUUAUAUGAAAAGAAGAAAAGGGGGGAAAAAAUUAUAUAUAUAUUGUACCUAAAGCAAGCCAGGCCCCCAGAUUCAGUGACCAAUAAUCAUUGCUAAUACAGCUAACCAUGCGAAUCUGAGCAGCCUUUGAGUCAUCAUCCUUGUGUCAGCUGAAGCCCUUUGUGAAAGGGAAAUGGAUGCACAGGUUGGUUCUCUGCAGACACCCCUUGAUUUGGUGGCUGCCUGAAGAAUUUGUAUCGUUUCAGACCAGAUUGGUUUUUCUUUUAGCCACAGAGACCUCUUUUGUAGUCACUGCUGGAUCACGUGAAACAAUUCCAGAUGCAGUCUAAGGACUCUUGGGUUUUUUACUUAUGGACAGGGUUGGCAUUCCCUGUUUCAGCAGCUCAUGGGUGAACUGUGAGCUGCUGAGUCCAGAACCCCUCAUGCCAGGGAUGGUGCCAGCCGGUGUGACAGAGAAAGUGGAACUAAGUGCUGAUAGAUCAGUUGAGGCUGGAGCUGGAGGGGAACAUGCAUUCCGUGCUUUCUGCUGCUCCUUGGUGGGGGUGCUUCUUCCUUCUCAUCACUGUGGCACAAAACACAGUGUGUGUUACCACUUAAGCUUAUAAACACAGCCGCUCUUUGUAUGUGUACAUGAAAGCGUUGUUGAUGAGGAAGUUCUAAAGCUGGUUGGUCUCGUGGUGCCUUGUGGCAGCGUUUCCCGUGUUAGUUAUGUUACAGAGAGGAGGGAGCUAGAAAGGAAGAGGACUUUAAUUUCAGAUUCUCAUUUAAAGGUUCAGACCUCAUCAGCUGCUCUGUCUGGUGCUGUGAUUGGUAGCAUUGUGCAGGCUGGGGUGCUGGACCAGCCAGGUCAGAGCAGAAGGAAGCAUCUCCAUCAGAGGAACGUGGCUGCAGGGCUCUGCAACCCUCUUGCUCUCCUUCCUCCCAUCUCAGCCUCCAUUCCUGAGCACGGGGCUUUCCACCGCCCUCGUGUAGACCUUACUGGUGUCUCUGACCUGCUGAGUUUGUUUCGGGCUGUUGUUCCCAAACACCACCUGCAAAAAGAGCUCAGGGACUUUCUUCCCAUUAGGAUCCUCUUUUAUUCUCUUAGAUCAUUUCAGAAAGGCAAAAGAGGAAAUCCCACAGACUAAUCCAACACCGUCCGGUGCGCUAAGGAAAAGAAACGCCUCCAGUUUAGACCUGCCAGCAGCUGAGCUUUCCCAUGACAUCCUUUCCCAGCACAUCCAUUGGGUUUUCCCCUCGGGUGGAUUGCAGUAACCUGCUGGGAUCUCAACCAGAAGGCCGCUCCGUUCUCUCAGUCCUGUUGCUUUGUGCAGGGAUGCUGCCUGCGCUGCCCCCUCCCAGCCCUGGAAAAGCACUGGAACCUCCAGCACAGCCCUCCCUGUUGUUGUAGGAACACCCAAAUCAUUUCCAGAGCCUCUCAGAAAAGCCUCCUGUUCUAACACAAAGACCUAAUUAGGUUCGCUUCUGUAAUUCCACCUUUCCUUUGUAUGGCAAGGGUUUAAGAUGCAUUCCUGGAUGAUCUCUUAAGUACAGCUCUGUGUAGUUCUCUUGUUUUUUCCCAUUAACAUGUUGUUUUUGGGUUGGUUUUUUUUUUCCCUCUCCCCCCUCCACAUGUAUUUUAUUGCAAUUAGCAUCAGGUUUUUACAUUUCUUUUUCUUUCUUUUAAUUGGAGAGACGCUGUUGGGUGGACACUGUGGCUGUUUGGUCAUAUACAGCCUCCUCUGAAUGCCUGGGCCAUGGGGCAGCACGUCUGCCUCGCUCUGAUCUUAGGGAAGGACUUGUUAGUAAAAGAUGUGAACAUUUCUCUUUUGUUUUAGAGCAAAAAGGAAGGGGGUGGUGGCAUGGAAUACAGGAGUGGGACGGGGAGGGAGAAGGAAAAAGCCCCAAUGAAGGUAUAUGUUAAAAGAGGUGUUUUGUUUUAACUCUAAAUUAAAUAGUAGGAAAUGAACCCCCUGAUUCAGGUCUCUAACAGUCAUAGAGGCAGAGCCCAGCAGCCUGCUUUGCUCUUCACGCUCCCCUUCAGCUGCACCUUGCCCUGCUGUACCCCAUAGGAUCUAUGGGGAGGUGAUGCUUGCCCCCCUGGUUCCCAUGGAGGUUCCACAGAGGGGCACACGGAACAUUCCAGCCCACAGUAAGCAUGUUUUUUCUUGUUUAAUUUUAUUGUUGGGUUUUGGUUUCUUUUCCCUCUUUUCAGAAGCUAAAACAAUUCCUCUCUUUUAAAACCGAUCCCAAUAGGACCAAAGAAAUCAAAGCUUAUGGGUGGUGUUUUACCUUCUCUUUGCCACCCCAUGCCCUGCCCUGGCCCCAGCUCAGCCCUCUCUCUUUGUGCAUCACUUCAGCUCUUCUCUCUUUCCUCCGGUGCUUCAAGAAACGCUUCUUCAAUGGAGGUCUCUGUGAGUUUGUUUGUUUGCUGCUUUCAAAACAAAGAAGUAUCUGAAAUGUGAAUGAUUUUUCUUAGGCAGCUGGUGGGAAAGAGGAGGUCGGCUCUGUGUGAUUUGUGAACAGGGCAAUAUGUGCUGCCUGAGCCAGGGCAGGGCAGAGGGAAGGCAGCGUUGUGCCCCUGGCUGUGACCCAUCCUCCCAGCACUGCGUUAUGGCUUCAGAGCUCUGCAGCCAUCUUCCACGCGGUGCGUCAAGACUUCUUUGUACAAAGCAACCUGGUGCUAUGAUGUGUACAACCCCUCUCAUGUACUGUCGAGCUUCUGGCCGAGGCAGGAGCUCCCUGUUCCGAGCCGUGCAGCAAUCCAGCACAACCAAGGGCAGCAGGGCUGGCUCAGUGCGAGCUGCCCUCCCCAGCUGGUGCUGCCUGUGCACACAGGCUCCCUAUUGGAGAUGGACUUUUCCUCCCCUCUUUGGGAAGCGUUGGCCCGAGUGAUGCUUCUCAGCUGAGAGCUGGAGGGGAAGGGAGGGGAAAGGGAGCCUGGCUUGUGUUGUGAAAGCACAGUAUCUUAAAGGUCAAUAAGCUUUUACUUCAUUAUAGCAAAACGAUAUAGAAGCAGAUGGCUUGAGACAACGAUCUCCUGGGUAGAGAGAGACCAAGAAAACAAAGCUGUGGCUGCAGAGGGGAGCUGAGAGGUGCAGUGAGCUGCAAUUCAGGGCCGGUGGGAGCACAGAGCAGCCCCCAAAGGUUUGUGCUCUCUGUGCUCUGAGCUGCAUGUGAGGCAACCUUUAAUGCCAAAUGGAUUCAGUGACCCAUUGCUCUGUAGCCUCCGAAUCUCCUCUCUCUGUCUCCUUUUCCCCCCAUCUGAGAAGGAAGAAUAUGACCAGAGUUCCAUUCCACCUUGGAGCAAUGGCCAACAUCAGCCUCGCUGUGACCCACGUAUGGCGCAGUGUUACUUUCCAAGUGAAGUAUUCCUGCAACCACUCACUGCAGUGGAGAGAUUUCCGGGGCUUCCCCAACUCCGUAGCUUCCAAUGUUAAAAAGUACAAAUAUACGUUAAAAAAAGAAGAAAACAAGAUAAUAAUAAUGCUAAUAAUAAUAACACACUGCAGUAUUUCUGGUGGCGAUUCGUGGCCAGGCUCCUCCUCACCACCCCCAGGAAGGUUGGAGCAGGGCAAGGAAACGCCCCGAGUCCGUGUAGAAGUUGGCAGAAUGGUGAUCUAAUGGUGUGUAAACGUGUUGUUGAUUCCAUGUAUAGAACUGUGAUUUCAACUGUCGUUCUCUCGUACGCUGUAAAUAUGUGUUUUUUGGCUGUCGGAAAUAACCUGGUUUUAGACUCUC